CUUCAAAUUAAGGGUCCAAGCUAAGCUUUUCCUGGGGCAUGCCACGAAAGUCAAUUAUUCAGGCAUGCCCAAAAGAGUAGUCAGGACGAACUGUAGACGAAAAUCAUGUUAACUCAGCCUCAGGCACUGCCUUGGCCUCGCGCUUCGAUCUUGAACGGACUCGAGACGUCCUUCUUUCGUGCAGGCCUGCUUGCGGCGAGAAACACAUAUAUAUACCUAUAUUACUACGAUCUUUGAAGGCUGAAGACCGACGACAAGCACCUGCAAUAUAUAAAUCCCAUCACAUCCUUUUAGGCAUUCCAUUUCCAUUGACCCCUCAUCCAAACCAGAUUUACCCCAGCAUCAUGCCCAUUGUCAGUCGCCUAGUCAAAGGCUUGAGCUCUGGCAUAGGUCUGGCUACAGAAGCCGUUGCCAGCCACAAGGAGAGCAAGGCUGCGAAAGAACGCGGCGUGUCGCCCAAUCCACAGACUCGUAUCGAAGCCGGUGAGGGCUCUAGAUCAACAGGAGCUCCACCUCAAUACGUCGACACUGGCAGAGGAUAUCCCUCAGACGAGAAGCACCAUGGAGACGACGAAGAUGAUGACGACGACAGCGAGGACGAUCUUGGUACCGACAGAGCCGAAUGGGCUCUGGAUGAAGCGGCUGAGGAACUAGCGCCUCCAACCUACGACGAGGCCUCAACAGGCACACCAGCCUCAGCCGAAGAAGUCGCCAACGCCUUCGUCCAGUCGCACCGCCUCGCACCAACGCCCUCGCAGAACUUCCAACCUCUCCCAUGCCCAGUCAUUCUUCCCCAGCGACGACCCAAGGACAAAAUGCGAGGUUUCGUACGAGCCUACGCCCCCGUCCUAGGCGAAUGUACCGGCAUCGACCAACAAACCUUCCUCGACUUCUUGAAGGAAUUCGACCGAUCAUCCCGCGCCAGCCCUGUCUUCGACGUUAUCAACGUGGCGGCCGUGGCAGUUGGCAACGUCCCUAGCGGCAUCGCCAUCGGUGUCUCGAUCGGCGUGCAAGUCCUCAGCCGGACAGGCCAAGAACUCCAAUCACGCAGCCGCCGCAACACGUACCUCGACCAGAUCUACGAGACGCUCUUCAAACCCCGCGGCCUCUACUGUAUGAUCAUGACCUUCAAGCCAGAGACCAGCCAACAAGUCAUGAGCAUGGACGUCAACACGGGCGCGAGCGCGACAGACGCAGCCCUCGCCAAAGCCAUGUCCAACCCAGAGUCUUCGAUGUCUCAAAAAAUGAAGAGAUUGCGCCUAACGUCCGGCACGGCGAUUGGCGAAUGGUCCCUCCCUGAAUCUGCACCACUAGUGUACCCAGCUCUCGACGCCGCCGCAGUGGCUGCCGCAGACGGCACCCCUGUGCCCGCUAAGAAACAGUCCGCCUUAAAAUCCUCGACGAAGUUCAUCGCAAACUACAUGGACCGCCGGGCCCAAGCUACCUACGCUGGUAUGAACCCAGACAGCCGUCUCGCGGCGGCAGCUCCACCGCCCCAGAAACAAUUCGCAUCCCGCUUCUCCGACCCUAAUCAUCCUGUCAACUCGGGAUCUAUCGUCGCUCUGUUGACAGGAGGAUACGUCGAUCCGCGAAAGGGCUUGCGGGCGAAGAGAGCCCAGCACAGAGCAUCGAGACGCGGUCAGAACCUAACGGAACAGGAGAUCCAUGACGCGCAGAUGGGUCGGUCGCAGAAGAAACGCGGUCUGAUCGGCCGUGUCUUGCAGCAGGAUGUCUUGUAUCUUACUAUCGUCAAUAUGCCGAGCGAGAGUGAGAUGAGGGAGAUAAUUCAGGAGUGGGAGAGGAAGAAGAACCAACAACAGUAGUUGAGUUAGUAUGGUUGGCAGAUCUGUUGUAGCGUGUAUUUCUCCAUAGCCCUAAUGAUAAUGGUGGUACUAUUGCACCGCUGGAAGCUCGCUGCCAUGUAGAUAUCGGUCUUCGUUGAGAAUCUGGAAGUCCUCG